GCCAACCAGGAGAAAAAGGUGAGAAAGGAUCUCCAGGAGUUGGUAUCCAAGGCCCCAGAGGACCCUCAGGACCUCCUGGACCCCAGGGUCAGGGCAGCCCUGGCAGACAGGGUCCCUCAGGCCGACCUGGAAAUCCUGGUGUUCCUGGUCGGCCUGGAGUUCCCGGACCGAUUGGUCCUCCAGGCCCCCCAGGAUACUGUGACCAGAACUCUUGUUUGGGCUACAAUGUUGGAGAAGGUGAGGAAGACAUUCACCUGGGCGCUAUCUCCCCAGUCCAACUUCCACACAGUGGCUUCCAGAACUACGGCGAGGUCGAGGAGGACGACCCGUACCGCUACUACC